UAGAAUCCCGCUUGGAAUCCGCAUCCGUUUGUAUGCACUGUGUAUGUGCAAGCGGUCGCAAGCAGCAAAAAACAAAUAAGAUCACUGGCGCCACCUUUAGUUAACAACUUUUACUGUCAAUGAAAAUUAAAAAAUAUUGACAUGUAGUGUGGUGAGCACUGGUGGUGAGGUUCGAUCAGUGAACCGGUCCAAUAAAUUUCCCUUAUGAAAUUCUUUUUUCAAAGGCAUUGAGUUUGUACGAAAUGGAGGGGAUUAACAUACGAGAAGCGGUACGAGAAGAUUGUCGAGCAAUUAGAAGUUUAAUUCAGGAAUUAGCUGAUUUUGAAAAUAUGAGCGAUGGCCCUAAGAUAAGUGAUAGAGUUUUGGAGGAAGACGGGUUUAAUUCCGAGCAUCCAUUCUUUAACUGCUAUGUUGCGGAAACUGAUGGUAGACUAGUUGGUUAUGCAGUGUACUACUACAUUUAUUCGACAUGGACUGGAAAAGCCAUGUACUUGGAGGAUCUCUACGUGACCCCUGAAUUUCGUAAAAAACACAUCGGCAGUAUGCUUUUUGAUGCUGUUGCCAAGAAGGCAGCAGACAGCCAAUGUGCCAGAUUGGAUUUUUUAGUUCUAAAUUGGAACCCUGCACAGGACUUUUAUAAAAAUAAAGGCGCUAUUGAUCUCACAGAGAAAGAAGGAUGGCAUGUAUAUCGCAUGGAAAAGGUAGCUUUGGAAAAUCUAACUUCAGCGGAAUUCAUGUUUUCUCGUACAUUGGUAAAUACCAAGGUUAACAUUCCAAGUACUAUGGGUCGGCCUUCAUUUCAGCAAGCCGAAAUUCAUCACAAAGCUGCCUCUAAGCAACUUUCAGAAGCUCAACCUAUUGAGACAGAACUACCAUCAUCUAUUGAAACUGAUGAAAGUGAAUUCGUCCCCCACGAAGUCGAUCCACUCUCUGCAUACUGCACUUCAUCUUCUCUAUCUCCUCGAGUAUAUUUUCCUCUGUAUCCAAAGUCAAAAUCAUCGGAAUGCAAGGCAUAUGAAUUACCUAUUUUAUACCCCAACUUUGAGAAUGAUAUGAACAUGAAGCAGCGACUUAUUGAGAGUCGAUGGGGACGCGGUACAACACUUAAUAUUGGACAGUGGGAGGAUUGCUAUGCUCCACUUGUUAAAGUGAAAACUAUAGACGAUAUUGAGACUGAUAACAAUGAAUUCAAUGGUAUCUUGUCUGACGAAGUCAUUGGAGCAUGCUCAUCAUAUCUGUCAAAAUCGCCGCAGAAUGGUUUAUAUGUUGAAAAUAAGUGUGAGCUCACAAGAAUGAAUCUGCGAGAUAUAUCAGCAUUAUACUAUCAUCGUUACCUGCAGUACAUAGACUUGACGAAUAACAAAAUCUCAGACCUGAAGCCAUUAGGGGGGAUCCCUUGUCUCGUAUAUUUAAAUGCUGCUCACAACAAGCUGAGAGAUGUGUUAAGAUUUACACCUCCAUGGUACUUGACACAUGUCAAUUUGGCACAUAAUCAAAUUUCCAAGAUUGACGAUCUCUCUGAGUUUUGGAGUAUUGUCCGAUUAGAUUUAUCACACAAUUUAAUAGAGUAUAUUGAAGGUCUGCAAAAUUUGAGACACUUGAAAUUUCUGAAUCUUGGCUAUAAUUUGAUUGAAUGUAUCGAAAACUUGGAGCGCUUGAAUGUCCAAGAACUCAAUUUAGAAUACAACUGCAUAACUGACUAUAAAUCUGCUACACCUGAACUUGGUAUUAGUACUUUGCCAAAUCUUCGUACAUUGAUUUUGAGCCACAACAAGCUAAGCACAUUGGAGUUCUUUGAGGGUGCUUAUGGAUUACGUUACAUUGAUCUGAGGUACAAUAAAAUCGCUGAUCUGCUAGAAGUAUCUCAUCUAAAAUGUUUAGUUCACGAAGUCGAUUUUCGAGGAAAUCCUUGUACAAAGUGGCCAAGCUACCGAGAAGUACUUUUAUUCUCGAUGCCAAGUGUUAUGUUUGUUGAUGGAGCUAGUGUGACCAUCUCCGAAAAGGUGUCUGCCAGUACGCUAUUUGCACCACCUAUGGAACUGACGACAGCCAGAAGUAUAACGAAAUUAAUGCUUUUGGAACAUUUGAAUGCAACUAAUAUUGAUUUGCACGUUAGUCCUAUCGAUGACAAUAUUCCACCUUUAAUAAUACUCAGUGGUCCUCCCGGAGUCAAGAAGUCAAUAUUAGCUAGACAAAUUGCUGAUAGAUUACCCAAACGGGUAAGGUAUUGUGCCAGUCACACAACGAGAGAUCCAGGUGACGACAACAGGGGAAAGUUAAGUUAUCACUUUGUCAGUAGAGAAGAAUUCAACGAAAUGACAAGGCGUGGUGAAUUUUUAUCAACCGAAGAGUUGCUGGGAAACAGUUACGGUUUUCAUAUCAAUGAAAUCAAAGCCCUCGUGUUAGAGAAAAAAAUUGGAAUCACUCACAUGGAUUUGCAUGCAGCGUUACAAAUGCGAGGUCGGUAUGUGAAUACCAAACUGAUUUUGGCUUUAACCAAAAGUGUGGAUCUGCAUCGACAAUGGAUACAAGAAAAGUUUGAGGUCUUUACAUGUGUUAAGAGCGGUAUACAAGAUCUUGUUGCUAUUAAAGUAGGGAGGCAUAAUCGACCCAAAGAACAACCAGAAGAAACUUUGAAGAGCAGGCGUGACUUCAUCGAUGAUAUAUUGAAUGAGGUGAUCGAAUCAUUGGAGUUGCCCAUCUAUAGUAUCAACGUCAGACCACAAGGAACUGGAGCAACAUCAACGGCUAUAAAAAAAGAUAGCUCAUUUGUUCUCCCCAAAUUCAAGAAAACCACAAAUGAGAAUGAGACAGAAAGGAGACAUAUCUUCUUCCGAGGAACAGACAGAAAACCUGAUUCAGCCCUCUUCUCUAAACUUACCAUAACUGCUGACAAAUCUACCGAACCACCCCUGCUUGGAUUAAAGGUCAUCUUAGAUGAGCAUUCAAAUGUUUUUGUGGAGAGUGAAAAAGAAAAGAAAGAACGGCGAAAAGCAAAAGUUUUGAAGCAUCACAAUUCUAUCCACCUUCGUAUGGAUGAUGAAGAAUUUAAUGAAGAUGAUGAAUUUGUCGAAGAUGAUCUUUUUGGGGAGACAGUCUCCAGCGAAGAACUAAUAGAUUCAAAGCAAUGUGCGGUUCGAACGGAUUCUCCACAAGAUUUGGAAGAGCUGUAUGUUAACCUUGUCAUAAAAUCAAGGGAGCUCUACUUGCAACAGCACAUCAAUAAUCCAGGCUGUUUUUCCCUUGUAAUUUUUAUGGAUGAAUUUGUGUCUGCUUACAACAAAGUAAUCGACUUAGUUUAUGAAUCAUACAUAAAUCACCCCUUUCGGCAAUCCAUGUUCUCUGAAGAGUUUCAAAGGUUGAUGAGAAGUACAGAACCAUCGAAAACCAGAAGUGUUUUUGAGGAACUAAGAGCGUACGUGAAGAUCAAUUCCAACUAUAAACAAAGACGUAUAGAUUGUAGUCAUCCCAUACAGUCAUCUCUGAUUAAUCCAAGAGUAGCAUUAAUGUAUCCAAAUGGCACAUCAUUUUUUUUGAGUCAUAAUAAUUUUUCAGAGAUUUGUCGACAUCAAAAAAACAGAAAUCAGUUAAUCUGAGAUCAUAUGGUCUCACUUCAUGGAGUCAGACGUUGUCGAGUCAAUUGUGGCAGGAUGCUGCAGAAAUUGCUGAAGGCGUAAAAAUCAAACUUAGGGAAAAAUCCCCGAUUUGAAUCUCAGAGAGGAUUGCUGAUCGCGAUUGAUGAUAAUUGAUGAUACAUCAAUUGCAUAUUUAUUACGAAUUUUCUAAUCUCUGUGUAUUCUCAAUUAAUUAUCUGGAACAUAAUUGCUACUGGUUAGUUUGGGUCACCAAAAAGUAGAUUACUUUCUGUAUAAACUCGAAUUUUAAUAAAAAUCAGUCUUCCGUUUCACAUCAUAAGUAUAAGUUGCUUAGAACACGUAGAGAUAUCUGAAUCGUAAAACAUAUAUAUGGUGAAAGUUCUUUGCACUAUAGAUAAAAAAGUGAAUAAAAUUAUCAAAUUAGUACAAUCAUCAUUGAAUAUAAAUAUCAACUCAAGUAAAAAUAAAACUGUCAAAUUAAAAAUAAAAAAAAUAAAAAAUCCAGAGCCAAUGCAAACCAUCUUACAUUGAAGUUUUAGCAAAUACACUCUUUGAAAAAUAUUGAACACUUAUCUCGUAAGCAUUGAAACUUUUCAAUGCCAGUUAUCAAUACAAUUGAGGUAUUUUGCUUAGUAAAAAUUAUUAACAAA